AUGUAUAUUCGAGUAGAAGUGGAGCCAUGUGAUCUUGAACUGAGCGCCAACCAGCUCUUACCCCUAACAUCGUUGCAAUCCGCCUUUCCUGGAGCUGUUGGUAUAUCCUACAAGACUUUGAAAGGUGUGAAGCGAGCUUUGCGAUUCGAUGGAAUUUCAUUUCAUGCUCCAGAAGACGGCUGGCAAGAGGCUGAUGAGUAUACUGUUCAGUUGAGUAAGUCGAUUUCUCAUGUGAUAGCUAGAGGUGUUGUGGUACUAAUGGUACAGAAAGAAGAAGAAAUAGUAGUACAAUCUUUAUUUAGGCGGAAAAAACAGUUUCCCCUUCGACAGCUACGAAAACGCGUCGAAGCAGUUCGAACGUGCUGUAAAUAUGGUCCAAAAGUUGAUAGAACAAGGCUAUGGAGGUACGAAAUUCUGCCUAAACUGGUCUUCAAGGCUCCUCUAUUAUCUUUUACCACCUAUGAUAUCCAUAAAAUCCCAAAAAUAAAAUCAAAACAUCUAAAAAAAGCUAUAUUAACCUACCUAACCCGCCAAAAACCUAAGUUAACAUCAACUUUUUCAGAUAUGUCCUACCUAGCCCCAUCCUCACCACCAUCACCCGGUUCAGCUAGUCCAAGAGAACGCCUGAAGGCAUUUCGAAGGAAAAUAGCCGACUAUAGAGUGAGCAACGAUGACCUGACAGCCGGCUUCGAUAGCCCCAAGACUGAACUGGAGAAGCAGUUUAGCGAACUUUCGGCCAUUUUGGUGGGUAAAGAUGCUAUUAUUGAUACUCUGAGGAAGCGACUAGAUACGGUGAACCAGGAAUUGAAUGGGUAAGGCUAAAAAUUUUGAAGUUUCGAACAAAAUUUGGUCGAAAGUCUUGCACGGUGCAGAAAUUUUAUUGCACCGUGCAAAACUUGAAUUUUAAAGACUUUUAAUUUAAAAAUACUACAAAAUGUUAUGUAGUACUCAGUAAAUAGUAUAAUAAAACCAUUUUAGACAAGAAGACCACGAGCACUGUCGAGGUGAAAUCCAGAAAUGGAGGCAUCAAGUCGAAACUCUGGAGGAUGAGUUGAAAUUAUUCCGUGAAAUGGCCUCAAAGCAGGAGAACGUGACAAACAAAGUCAAGAGCUUGACAAAUGAGUUGGAAGAAUUGAGGAACACCAGCAACACCAAAAUUCAAUCAAUUCAUACCGAAUACGAGAGAGUGUGCAGAGAAAUGAGAGAGUUCCAGAGACAGUGAGUUUGCUUGACAAGAUUAAUUGAAACUGUCGAAAAAUAGUUGAAAUUUGAAAAGUCAAGGAUCAUAUCUUGUUGAGAAUAAACUGAGGAACAUUUCUGAUUCUAAAAAAAAGUUCGAGAACUUUUGAAAGCUCAAAAAUAGGUUUUAAAACUAAAAAAAACAUAUUCUCUUUAAUUUUUAGCCAAAAACAACUUGUAGGUCCUAAAAAAAGGCCAAAAGCAAUGUGAAAUACCACUCAAAUAUUACAAAAACCUACCAGAAAGUAUUUACAACACCUAAAUCUAUCUUAGCAUCCCAAAAAUUACGCAAAAAUUUAAAAACAACUGAUUUUCCCCCAUUUUUAGGCACGAACUCCUGUUAGAAGAGCAUUCCAGAACAACAGCUCAACUUCACGAAACUGAACAACAGUUGUAUGAUAUGAAACACCUACUCGAUGAUGUUAGACAACGAUUCGAAGAGAGUGAACAAAGUUACGCGGAGCAAAUUAGAACUGCCACAGAGUUACAGGAAAGAAUGUGCAAUGAGAACGUUAAGCUUUUGAAACGGUAAGCAGUUUUUUGGUCUAGAAGUUGAUAGAAUAGGUAUAAAGUUUACAGAAACGUAAUGGAAAAGACACAUAAAGGUAUUAAGAUUAAAGUACGAAGCCUUCAUGAUUAUUUCUUACCCAUUUCGAUGAAGAUGCUAGAAUCUACGUCACUUAUGCGGGCCUAAAAUAAUAUCUUUGCGAUUAUCAAUAAAAAUGGUAAUAAUGUCAAUCUUAUUUUUUUCAGAAUAAACGAGAUGGAAAAUGAAACACAAGGAUUGAAAAAGGUGACAGAACUUCAGUCAACACAGCGCAGUAACUCCUACAGCAACCUCAAGGAAAAGGUAAGGUUAAUAUCAGCUAAGACCGUUAUAACUGGGCGGAAACUUACUUUGUUUCGACGAAAUUCAAGACCAAUAUCCUCCAUGAUGUAUUCUUGCGAAUCGAAACUAAACUUUAAAUAAAUCCGUCAAGUUUGGCCUAAAUUAUGUUGUUAUAUACAUCAUGGUUGAUCACAUAUGAGGUUUUUUGAAAUUUCAGUCUUUUUACCUAAAUUUAUCACAUAAAAGGUAAAAAAUAUGAACUUACAUCUGUAGAACACUUUUCUGCAUCUUUUUGAUCCAUUUUUCAAUAAAUUCUUUGCAACCUCACAUUAAUAUUGCCUUAUGUUAUAGUACACGGCAUUAAUGGAAGAACACGAGGAGAAAAUCAACGAAACGGCCAGUCUAAACCAGCUAAUUGAAAACCUAAACCGACAUUUAACCGAUAUCACUGUGAAAUACAAAGACUUACGUUCCACACGCGACGAGUCACCCAAGAACCGGUAUUACAUGUAA